CCCCCAUUCACCCGGCCUUCCGAGGGGCACCUGCGCAGGAGUCUGAAAAAUCCUUUUGCAGAGUUCUAGGAUGGAGACUGAAGGGUAUCCAGAGAUGCAAAGAGAUGGAGAAGUCCAGAAUGAUGAAAUAAGGUUACCACCAAAUGAGAUGAUGGCUGAGGAGUCAGAAGGCAUCCUGAUAGUGCCGCCCCAGGUCCAGGUCCCAGCAGAGAGCCUGGCUGAAGACUCUGAAGACGACCUGGAGGCCGUGCCCCUAAGGAGGCCUCUCAACCCUGCAGCCUCCAGGCAGAGGUUCCAGGAGUUCCGCUAUGAAGAUGCAGCUGGGCCCAGGGAUGUCCUGAGACAUCUCCAGGAGCUUGCUGGACAGUGGCUGCGACCUGAUAUUCACACAAAGGAGCAGAUUGUGGAAAUGCUGGUGCAGGAGCAAUUCCAGGCCGUCCUCCCUGAGGAGCUCAGAGCUUGGGCACUGAGGUGUCAGCCUGGGGUCAGAAUUACUGGCUAA